AAUUGAUGCAUAUGACAAUAAGAUUAAUCAACAAAUACCUGUACCAAAACUUACAAUAUUUGAUGCUAUUUCUUUUACUGCAGAAGCAUGGAACCUUGUUUCACCUAGUACAAUUGUUUCAUGCUGGUCUAAA